UGUUUUUUCACCUAUGUUUUAUCUAUCGUUCUUUUCCUACUGAGCCCUAGCAGCCCUAGGGUUUGGUUCAUCUUUGCCAUUUUGUGCUGAAAAGCGGCCGUCCCUCCUCUACGAAAGCGAGGGGAUCUUUGUUGCUUUGCUCGGAAAGCAAUCGUUCGUCGUCACGAAAAUACGACGGUUAUCGUGCUGUCGCGCUGCAAUUUUGCGUGGCAACACAAUUGGCGACUCCGCUGGGACGGCAAGAAGAAGAAGCACACGAUGAGUACCGAGUCCAGGAACGGGAGCGACAUCGACCCGGAGAACGUCAUCGCCGUCACACUCGACGAUCUGUCGGAAGAUGAUCGGCGCGAGCUUGAACAAGAGAUUAAGAAAGAGAUGGCUGAGCGACUAAAAUUGCAGUUGACUGGAUACCGCAAGACAAGCAUCGGCAUCGUCAAGAAGGUGCAAUCGGCCAUUAAUGAAGAACGAUUGACGUUUACAGAAAGUUCUAAGAUGAAGCUCGAUAGUGACGCUUUUCCUAUCAAUGUGGUCAAGCUUGAGAGUAAGAAAAUGCUUAUUCGGUCGGAUCAGGCCGAAUUCGCAAGAAAGAAAAAUGUCGUUGAUGAUAAUGCUUCUCCAAGGAUGAUCAAACAAAAAAAUCCAGAAGUAGGAGUUUGGAAAGUCAAUGGAAGAAGGAAACAAGCUCCAAGACCAAAGCCGCCAGUUAGCAUGUUGUUGGAGAAGUACACCUCACGCAAGACCAGCAAUGUGUUUAACCGGCUUGGAGAUAAUAAACGUCUUAGAUCUCCUUCUGGACCUGGCGGUCAUGAGCAAUGGCAAAGAAAUUUAUAUGACCAGCAGCCCUAUAUUGCAAUGGAGCCGACGUAUUGGGUUGUGCACCUCCUAUGUACCCGCAGUUUCCUCCAUGGGGUUUUAAUCCUUGGGUGUCAUAUCCUACAGUGCCAGGUUAUUUUCACCCAAAAUGGGUUCUGCCGAGGCCUAUGUUCAGAGCAAACAUACAUGAGAAAAGGGCUCGGCUCAAUGAGGCAGCUAGAUCAUGUGAUGCAAUUGUUGUCCAAAGGGACCGGUCAUUGGUACGGAGUGCAUAUGGUGAAGUUCAUAUAGGUGGUCAAAAAUUUAUGUGGGUGCCAAUCAAUCGUAGAAGUGAUGCAAAAGCACAUGAUGGGACUGUGCGUGGCUGCACCAAGAUUAGCGCAAUAAAAGAUAAUAGUUUACAAGAUGAUUUGCAGCCUAGUGUGCAGACACAUGUAGACAAGAAAAUUGUACGUACUAGUGAGUUGGUUGAUGCAUCUGCUGAUGAAUUUACUAGAGACAGUGGGAAAAUUGAAGCCAUAGGUACAGAGAGAAUAGUGAUGGCGUGAAGUUGCAACAAACCGUCCGACGUAAUCAAUUUGAAAAGGAAACUAAUUUUGGACAGAGCAAAGAAUUCAUUGUAUCCUCAUGUACUAACCAACGGUCUAAAUCGGCAAGCUCAUAUGCUGAUUUAUUCAUGGGAGGUUGUGGCCCAGGAGCGUCCAAAAAUUUCAAAUCUAGCACUAAUUUGGAUUUAAGCAAUGUACGCGGCCAGAAAUUUAAAGCUAGUAAUGGACAUGAUCAGCGGAGAGGUAUUUCGGCCAGAGAUAAAAUAUUUGCCAUAAAAGCAGAAGUACGUCAGUACAGGCUGAGAGACUCGGGGGGCAACAGAAUUAAGUCAGCUGCACCAGAGACUAAACCAAGACCUUGGUGGUGUCCAACGGGACUCACACACACUCAGAAACGACGUGUGUAGAGACUACGGGCAUUUGAAAUGAAGGAAGAGACAGUCGAGAAGAAGCGCUUGUUCGAUCAGGAAAAACCAAUGGUGCCGAAAAUGACAUGGAGGGAGAAGCACAUUGUGGGGGAGAAGUUGCCCAAAGCUCCCAAUGGUAAAUAUUCAAAAAAGUAUUGUCAUAGCAUGUCCAAGAAAACAUGAGAUAAUGUGGCCGAUAUGUUAUUGCAAGUAUCGCCCUAAGUAAAAUUGGCCGAUAUAAUUUUUGAAAUAUCGCCCUAAGCAACUAUAUGGCUGAUGAAGUUAUCGACAUUGUCGUAAGGAAUAAUAUGUUUUUGGUGAAUACAAUUAUACCAAAAACAGGGGGGCAUGUGUUCAUGGUGUAAUUUGGCUAGUAGUUUGUUGAUAGGCCAAAUUAAUUAGUGGUCAUCCAAGCUAAUCAGUUACUAUUUUGUUUAAAGAUUGCAACAGGAAUUUUCAUGGACAAGAGGAUACUUGGGACAUGUCCUAACCAGACUCAGGGCAUCUCGGAGUUACCACAAUGCUACCUAGGACAAGUCCUAACAAGGAUCAGAGGUC